AUGGCUAAGAUUCAAAACUCUAAGCACACGCUUUUCUUGGGUGGUUCAGUGCUUCUGAAUCUCUUAUUUAUUAAUCUGUUUAUGCAUGGCGGGUGGAAACAAAGUAACUGGACAAAAACAGCAGCAGAAGAAGCUGAAGCUGUUGCAUCCAUUUCAUGCUCAGGGCAUGGAAGGGCUUUCUUGGAUGGUUUAUUAGGUGUUGAUGGUAAACCUGUUUGUGAAUGCAAUUCUUGCUUUAAAGGUCCUGAUUGCUCAGACCCAAUUCCAAAUUGUGAGGUGGAUGCAGAUAGUGGAGAUCCCAUGUUCUUGGAGCCUUUCUGGUUGAAACAUGCUGCGAGGAGCUCCCUGGUGGUGCCUGGAUGGCAUCGUAUGAGCUAUGAAUUCGGAGAUGGUUCUCUAAUCUCAGAAGAGCUCGAGAAUCACAUUCGAAGACUCCACUCUGUGGUUGGGAAUGCAAAUACAGAUGGGAGAUACAUUAUUUUUGGUGCAGGAGCAACCCAACUUCUUAAUGCUGCAGUGCAUGCUCUUUCCUCUAAUGAUGAUGGUGAUGAUACAUCUUCAUCGCCUUCUAGGGUUGUAGCUUCAAUCCCAUACUACCCAGUUUAUAGAGAGCAGACAGAGUUUUUCCAAUCUGAAGAUUACAGGUUCGAUGGAGAUACUAUGUCUCGGAAGAAUAAAAUGGACUACUUGUCAAACAAUUAUAUUGAACUUGUGACCUCGCCCAACAAUCCUGACGGUCAGUUGAAGAAAGCAGUUCUUCAAGGAGAAUCAGUAAAGACAAUUCAUGAUCUUGCCUACAAUUGGCCUCAUUUUACAGCUAUCCCAGCUCCUGCUGAUGAAGACCUCCUGAUAUUUACAGUUUCCAAGCUCACAGGUCAUGCUGGCAGUAGAUUCGGGUGGGCAAUAGUAAAGGAUGAAGCUGUAUACCAAAGAAUGUUAACAUAUAUAAAUCUAAGUGUCUAUGGUGUCCCUCGAGAAACCCAGUUGCGAGUUUUGAAGCUCCUGAAAGUAGUUCUUGAAGGAGAAGGAAAGGAAAUGUUUGAAUUUGGAUUCAAAACAAUGGCCAAUCGAUGGAGAAAAUUGAGCAAGAUCUUUUCAGCAUCGAGAAGGUUUUCUGUCCAAGAUCUUGAGCAUCAAUACUGUUCCUUUUCCAAGAAAAUCAGGGGUCCUUCUCCAGCUUUUGCAUGGGUGAAGUGCGAGAGAGAAGAAGAUAAGGAUUGUUUCCAAGUCCUGAAAUCAGGUGCCAAUAUCAUUGGCCGCCAAGGCAGCUUGUUUGGUGGUGAAAGCAACUAUGUGCGUCUCAGCCUCGUCAAAAGCCAAUAUGAAUUCAAUUUAUUACUUGAAAGGAUUGAAGCAUUAGUGCAACAAGAACCUCACAAUAAAAUCAUCCAAGGAGAGAAUAUGGGAGAACUGCAUCCAUAA